AUGGAGGAAGAGGAGCAUGAGGUUUACGGGGGAGAGAUUCCUGAAGUCGGAGAGAUGGAAGCUCCCGAUCCAGAUAUCGACAUGAAUGCUGAUGAUGACGCCGUUAAGGAGCUUGAUGAGAUGAAAAGGAGAUUGAAGGAGAUGGAGGAAGAGGCUGCUGCGCUACGCGAGAUGCAGGCAAAGGUCGAGAAAGAGAUGGGAGCUGGUCAAGAUCCUGAGGCUACAAAUCAAGCAGGAAAAGAGGAGGUGGAUGCUCGAUCAGUUUAUGUUGGAAAUGUCGAUUAUGCUUGUACACCCGAAGAAGUGCAGCUUCAUUUCCAGACAUGUGGAACAGUGAACAGGGUAACCAUUCUGAUGGACAAGUUUGGACAACCAAAGGGAUUCGCAUACGUGGAAUUUGUUGAAGUCGAAGCCGUGCAAGAAGCUCUUCAACUGAAUGAAUCAGAGUUACACGGUCGUCAACUGAAGGUUUCUCCUAAGCGAACCAACGUUCCUGGUAUGAAACAGUAUCGUCCUGGGAAUUUCAACCCUUCUAUGGGCUACCGCUUUCGUAGACCCUAUGUGCCUCCGUAUUUUUAUUCUCCAUACGGAUACGGGAAGGCUCCUAGGUUCAGAAGACCAAUGCGGUACAUGCCUUACCAGUAG